AUCAACAGCAGCAGCAACUUCAGCAUCAUCAUCAGCCCACACAUCAUAUUAGUGUGAACGUGGACGCAGGGGAUAGAUUUCCUCAAUGGAGUGUUCAAGAGACUAGGGAUUUCUUGAUGAUUAGGGCUGAGCUUGAUCCAACUUUCAUGGAGACUAAGAGGAACAAACUCUUAUGGGAGGUGACUUCAACAAAGAUGAAGGAAAAGGGUUACAAUAGAAGUGCUGAACAGUGCAAAUGCAAAUGGAAAAAUCUUGUCACCCGUUAUAAGGGUUGUGAAACAAUGGAGGCGGAAGGAGUGCCACAACAAUUUUCAUUUUAUAGUGAACUUCAAGCGAUUUUCGGGGCGAGAAUGCAGCGUAUGUUGUGGAUAGAAGGAGAAGGUGGCUCCUCUAAGAAGAAGGGUACCAACAUUUCGUCGGAUGAUGACGAAGAAAAUGAGGAUAGUGACUUAGUAGGUACGGGAGAGAAGUGGAGUAACAAGAAGAGAAAGAAGGUUAUGGGAAAAUCAAAUAAUAUAGUGGGAAGUAGUGGUAAUUUGGGGAAUGGAAGUGUUAAUGCAUUGAAGGAUAUUUUGGACGAGUUCGUGAAACAUCAGACACAAACAGAGAUGGAAUGGUUAAAGGUGUCUGAAGCAAGAGAACAAGAGAGAAGGAUGCGAGAGAAUGAGUGGAAGCAAAGAAUGGAAGCAUUGGAGAACGAGAGAACCAUGAUGGAGAGAAGAUGGAGAGAAAUAGAAGAACAAAGGAGGAUUAGAGAUGAAGCUAGGGCUGAGAAGAGAGAUGCAUUGAUAACACAACUUCUAAACAAGCUUAGAAGAGAAGAUCGGACUAUCUAGUACAUAGAAAGAUCGAGAUUUAUUAAAUGGCUUUUAAUUUCCUUUGUAAUGUAUGGAAGAUGGGAAAGCCAAUGAGAGGUUUGUCUUAAAACUCUCAACUUUUGCACCACAUCUCUUUGUUUAUUGUUCAAAUCUUAGACUAACUAUUAUAUCAAAUAUAUAUAUACA